UUCUUCUCAACAAAACUUAAACAGAAAAGUAUAGAUACAGAAAGUAACCAUAAGUCUGAUGAUUUCUGCAUAUCACUGGAGAGCAAGGAUUCCUUGCCAAGUACAGAUUUCAAUCAACCUUCCAUUGAAGAGAAAUUAUCUCAAGUCAACAAAGAAUCCUUUGAAUUCAGCAAUCUGCAUAAUAGGCCAACCUUUGAAGAUUCUAAAACUACAAAGUCACCACUGUUGUUAGAAGAAAUAGCCCUCAGAAGCAAACCUAUAACUGAACAAUACCAAGGACUUGAGAGAUUCUUUACUUUUGAGAAAAACGAAAGACUUAGCUUGCUUCCCUCUCGAAGCUCGGAAUGCAACUUUUCCUGUACUAAGAUUACACUUACAGGAGACCGAGAAUGGGUCCCAGAUAGUAGCUUAAGUGCACAUGCUGACAAUGCAGUUGCCUUGGGUGUUCUACAGGUUGCCCAGAACCCACCGCCAAAUGUGAAACAGCAAAAGAAGGGCCAGAAAUCUCAAAGACCUUCAACAGCAAAUUUACCACUUUCCAACUCUGUAAAAAAAAGCUCCAUCUGUCUUCUAUACCCUCAUCCUCAAUCAAAACGUAAAGCUGCACAGUCAUUAUCUAGAGCUGCUUCUGCAAUUUCCGAAAUUGAAUAUAUCGAUAUGACUGAGCACAAUGAUCCUUUCUUAGAUAACACAGCUGACCAACACACCUUAGACACUUUGGAAAAAGAAUUAAACGUGCUAAAAAAUCUUGCAGAUCCUUCAGAAAAACUUAAUAGUCUAACCUGUGAAGAGUUAUCAGUCUUCAACAAUGACUCACUGAAUAUCAGUCAGAUUUUCACGGAUUUCCUUAAUACUGCACAUGUGAGGAGGCACUGCACCCUUGAGGAAUUAAACUCUUCUGGAAAAGAUACUGCAAUGCAGUCUUUGUUGUCAUUUUCUGAGAGCAGUACUGAUGAGGAAGAAGAAGAUUUUCUUGACAAGCAACAUGUUUUCACACUACCAUGGUCAAAGAGUGCUUAA